AUGACAGAUCAGUGUGCCCUCGAUGCCAACGGAAACUUGAAAUCUCCCUCGAAAAUCAAAUUUUAUCACGAUGCAGAUGACGACAUGCCCAUGGUAGGACCUGAAGCUGCUCCGAAGCCCCAAAUAUCAGUUCUAAGAGCCUUGACGGUACGGUUACGGACCAGCCGUCGCCCGUCACUGUACUGUGGUGAUACGGCCGUAUACCGUAUACGGAAACAACUUGGAUUCGAAACUCGUAACUCCAAUAAUAUUCCCGGCGCCGACGCAGCAAAGGAUGUUGUGCGAAUCACAGUAAAGGUAACGAAGGAUGUCAGAGCAGCGAAAGCGAAAAUCCCGGGUAGUGAGGAGGUGGAGGAAGAACUGAAUGGGAUUUCCACGGAAGCGCUUUGUUGGUCCCGGGGAGAUUCAGAAUCGUCCAACUCGUUGCAUAUAGGAAUAACAUUCAGUAGUGAAUGUACAGAAAACGUCGAGUGGACUUUGAAAUCCAGCAUUGGGGAAUCGAACCCCAUGAAACUACAAUAUCAUCCGAGCCCUUCUUGGAAACGAAAGAUCCCGGGCAAUUCAAGUAAAGAGUCGGAGGAAGCCAAAGCAGAACUGAAUGCACAUCGAAUCUAUUUCCACAUCGGAUGA